AUGCGCGUUGGCUAUCGUCGUAUGCACGGCUCGCCAAUAAAAUCCCUUGAGCCUCCCGAGAAUCCAGAAAUGCUGUCACUUCUUGAUAAAACCUUGGAGAUGUUCCUACCCCGCAUUCUGCCGAAGUUUCUCCACAUUUGCAGCCGCUGUAACCCCGACCAGCUCCACGUCGCUCAGCGAUCUUCUCUAGUGUUUUCUCAAACGCAAGUCUUACACAUCACGCGCCAGCUCGGGACAGUCCAUACCAGCAUAUAG